AAUCGAUGCGCCUUUACGACUGUUUGCUCAUAUAUUUGCAUCGCAUAAACGUAUUGGAAGUGAUUUUGGCAGCGGGAUUUUACGUCGUUCAAAUCAAUUUGUCAUUGAAUAGAUGGAGAUGAAGGACGUGCUCUAUUUAAAAGCCCCGGUGCUUGAAGCUCUGAUGUUUUAUAACAGAUAUAAUAGAGCGUUUUAACUGCGCAAUAUGGUUAUGGCAAUCCACAAGAACACUUGCUGCAUCAACGAUAAUAUUUUUAAAGGUUUGCAGACAUGAGUCAGCUAAGGUCCCUGGCUGGUGCUCUAAGAAGCAGUAGCCAAUGGAUGAGGGGGCACGUGGGGACAGGGAGGCGAGUUUUUGACCCACGUCGUAACUGUUCCAGCGGGGCUCCUGAGCCUUCAUUGGCGGCCUGCAGCUCUAGCUAUGUCGUGGAGAUGUACUACGCUUGGCUGGAGGAUCACAAAAAUGUUCAUGAGUCUUGGGAUGCAUACUUCCGUAACGCCCAAGCCAGCAGUUCAGAGGAGUCUGGAGAGAAGCGUCUGUCUACACUGCUCCAGGGAAGAGGCCAGUCUCAGACACCUGCCAUGUCAGAGAAGGUGGUGGAGGAUCAUUUGGCAGUCCACACUCUUAUCAGAGCCUAUCAGGUACGUGGUCACCAUGUGGCCAGGCUGGACCCUCUUGGCAUCCUUACUGCCGACCUGGAUUCCUUUGUUCCCUCAGAUUUGAUCACGUCAAUUGACAAGCUUGGGUCGUACGGCUUGGAAGAAUCUGAUCUCGAUAAAUCAUUUCAGUUGCCACUAACCACAUUUAUUGGGGGAAAUGAAAGCACACUCCCACUGAGAGAAAUCAUACACAGACUUGAGACAUCAUACUGUGGACAUACUGGAGUGGAAUUCAUGUUUAUCAACAAUAUGGAGCAGUGCCAAUGGAUCCGACAGAAGUUUGAAACUCCAGGAAUCAUGACAUUUUCUGACAGAGAGAAGAGGACCUUGCUGGCCAGGCUGGUUCGCUCAACACGGUUUGAAGACUUUCUUGCUCGCAAAUGGUCUUCAGAGAAACGCUUUGGUUUGGAAGGCUGUGAGGUCCUUAUCCCUGCCCUGAAGAUGAUUAUUGACAAGUCCAGCGAAGCUGGUAUAGAGAGUGUAAUUAUGGGAAUGCCUCACAGGGGUCGACUGAACGUCCUGGCCAAUGUAGUUCGCAAAGAUUUGGAUCAGAUAUUCUGUCAGUUUGAUCCCAAACUUGAGGCUGCGGAUGAGGGUUCAGGAGACGUGAAGUAUCACUUGGGGAUGUACCAUGAACGGAUCAACAGGGAAACGGAUAGGAAUAUCACAUUGUCUCUGAUGGCUAACCCCUCUCACCUAGAGGCGGUAGAUCCUGUCGUUCAGGGCAAGACUAAGGCAGAGCAGUUCUACAGAGGAGACACUGAAGGAAGGAGGGUAAUGUCCAUUCUCAUACAUGGUGACGCUGCAUUUGCGGGUCAGGGAGUCGUAUAUGAAACCUUCCAUCUCAGUGAACUGCCUUCAUAUACUACUUAUGGCACCAUCCAUGUUGUGGUCAAUAAUCAGAUUGGAUUUACCACAGAUCCCCGAAUGGCACGGUCCUCUCCCUACCCGACGGACGUGGCUCGUGUGGUCAAUGCACCCAUCUUCCAUGUCAACGCUGAUGACCCAGAGGCUGUGAUGUAUGUGUGCAAGGUUGCUGCAGAAUGGAGAAGCACUUUCAACAAGGAUGUGGUGAUUGACCUGGUGUGUUACCGGCGGUUUGGACAUAAUGAGAUGGAUGAGCCCAUGUUCACUCAACCCCUCAUGUACAAACAGAUCCGCAAACAAGAACAUGUGCUGAAGAAGUAUGCCGACAAGCUCAUCUCUGAGGGAGUUGUAACAUUGCAAGAGUUUGAGGAGGAGGUUGCUAAAUAUGACAAGAUCUGUGAGGAGGCGUAUACCAGCUCUAAAGAUGAGAAGAUCCUACACAUCCGCCACUGGCUUGACUCUCCGUGGCCAGACUUCUUCAAACCAGAUGGAGAGCCAAAGAGCAUGAGCUGCCCUCCCACUGGACUAAGCGAAGAGAUGCUCGGGCACAUUGGUGCUAUAGCCAGUUCAGUCCCUCUAAAGGACUUUGCCAUUCAUAGUGGCUUGUCACGUAUCCUUCGAGGCCGAGCGGAUAUGGUUGCAAAACGCACGGUGGACUGGGCCCUGGCAGAGUACAUGGCCUUUGGCUCUUUGCUGAAGGAUGGUAUUCACGUGAGACUCAGUGGACAAGAUGUGGAAAGAGGAACAUUUAGUCACCGUCACCACGUCUUGCAUGAUCAGGAAGUUGAUAAGCGCUUCUGCGUUCCGAUGAACCACCUGUGGCAGAACCAGGCUCUCUAUACAGUGUGCAACAGCUCCCUGUCUGAAUAUGGGGUUUUGGGUUUUGAGCUUGGUUUUGCAAUGGCUAGUCCUAACGCCUUGGUGUGCUGGGAGGCUCAGUUUGGCGACUUCCACAACACAGCCCAGUGCAUCAUAGACCAGUUCAUCUCUGCAGGCCAGGCCAAGUGGGUCCGUCACAAUGGCAUCGUUUUACUGUUGCCCCAUGGGAUGGAGGGAAUGGGCCCGGAGCACUCGUCAGCACGGCCUGAGCGCUUCCUGCAGAUGAGCAAGGAUGACCCUGAUCGCUAUCCGGAAUACACUGGAGACUUUGAGGUCCAGCAGCUCUAUGACUGUAAUUGGAUCGUGGUCAAUUGUUCAACACCUGCCAGCUACUUCCAUGUGCUUAGAAGGCAAAUCUUGUUACCAUUCAGGAAGCCACUUAUCAUUUUCACACCAAAGUCUUUACUGAGGCUGCCAGAGGCCCGUUCCAGUUUUGAUGAGAUGAUCACAGGGACAAAAUUCUUGAGGAUAAUUCCAGAUGAAAGUCCUGCAUCGAAAAACCCCAAAAAAGUCAAAAGGGUCAUCUUCUGCACUGGAAAAGUGUACUAUGAGCUGGCAAAAGAGAGAAAACAGCUUCAGCUGGAGGAGGAUGUUGCAAUUGUCAGAUUGGAGCAGAUAUCACCAUUUCCUUUUGACCUCAUCAAGGCUGAGGUUGAGAAGUACAGCAACGCUGAACUCAUAUGGUGUCAAGAGGAGCACAAGAACAUGGGCUACUAUGACUACAUAAGGCCACGUUUCCUCACAGUGCACCAUAAGAAUCCAAUAUGGUAUGUUGGCCGUGACCCUGCUGCAGCCCCUGCCACAGGAAACAAAUUCACUCAUCUGACUGAGCUGAAGAGGUUCUUGGACACUGCGUUCAACCUCGAGGCAUUCAAGGGCAGGAAUUUUUGAUGCUGUUGUGUCAGUUGUGGAAAUUAGCCUUUAAAAUUAAAUAUAACUGGUAUCAACGCACAAUUUAUUAGAUAAGGUGAUUUUCAUGUUGCCAAAGUGUGUAAAAUUGUUCAAUUAUAUUGAUAAAUAGAGCACAAAGCAAAUAGAAAUUUGUGUUCUCAUCCUAUGGCAGAUUUAGCCAUGGAUUUGCACCAGAAAUCAUUUAUCUGUCUUAAGUUAUCUGUAUUCUUAUUUAUUUAUUUUUAUUUUUUUAUUUGUCUUCCAUAACUGUCACACUUGGCUUCAUCCUGAGACAUCAAACAGAUGGCAUUUAGACAAGUAACAAUAUUCUCUGUGGCAGUGGUGAUAUUCUCUGUAGCUUCCACAAAAUAUGCUUCCUUUUUAAGACUUUAGGGUUCUUGUGGUGU